CGUUUUUGUAACUCGUUCUUAUAAUUUACAUGCAAACACUGACAUUCAGCCUUCACCAUGAUGGUCGCAGAAAAUCUUGCUUCUUACUCAGAAUUUGCUGACAUCAGCAAACUACAGCCAACCUUCCAUAGCGACAAUGGUCUAUACUCCAUGGACGACAGCGCUGAAUUUGCAAGCCUACAACCUGUGGACCAGGGGUACGACAUAUACAACCAACAAUACAACAACCAGAGCAUGAACUAUGUGGCAGAAAUCGACCAUAAUAUGCUGAACCCUCAAGACGUUCUUACAACACACACAGAUCCACUACUUCCGUCAAACGGGAGUUUCACGACUUCAUACCCGGUUACCACAACCUACGCUGCCGUUAACCAGCAACAAGACAGCACUUGGUGUGGGUACGGUACCGAAACAUGUUCGUCCUACUUCUCGGACAGCGAUAUCAGCUUGCUAGAGGUCUCAGACGACGAAUGCCCGAGCCCGAGCUCGUAUUGCGAGUCCCCGUUAAAUGUUGUCAGCCAACAAAUUUCUGAUGUUGACAGCACAAACCAGAGUCCAGGGAACGAGCUGUGCAUGGUACAGAACGCUGCUAAUGGUCAAACACAGCAGAAAACUCCAACGGUUCGCCGAAAUGGCAGGAGAAAGCGAAGGCAACCGAUACUUUCUGAGUUUCUAUACAAUGCCUUGGAAUGCCCGGAUAAAUACGGAGACAAAAUACGUUGGGUGGAUAGACCAAGAGGUAUAUUUGAGUUCAUCUCCGAGACAAAAGAGAUACUCGCUGAAGAAUGGGGCCUAAGAAAAAGAAACCAAAAAGUGAUGACGUAUCAGAAGAUGUCACGUGCCCUGCGCCUAUACAUCAACAAAGACCAAGUCAUGAACAAAAUAAGUCAAAAAUUACGUUACGCCUUCCGACCGGAUUUCAUGCACUCUAUGCUCCGUAGCAGCGCCAACCAAAUUUGCUGACGUGACAAAAGCCUUUGUGACGUCUGCAUUACGUCAGGAUAUUUCGGCUAUGCAAGGUAUACUGCACCAAAACCUGUUGAUAUAUAACAACACUUUUGAACUGGCCAGCCAGGGAUGAAAGAUCGUAUUUCGUGCUUCAAAUAACAGUUAACACACUGCCUUACAUUGUAAUAACGCGCUUUGUUUUUGGAGCAGCUUUGCAGGCAAAGCUGUUGUAUUUGUUCCUUAUUUUGCCCCCAUAAAUGUCAUAUGGUCGGGUGGGGGAAGACGGGACACCUUUAGCACAUAAAGUCCAAAUAACCUGAUGGUGUUUUAAAGAAUUAACAACGAUCUUAAUAGUCGUGGUGAUACGGUUUUAUAACUCUUCAAUUUUUCUUUGUUUACUAUCAAACGGGACGAGAAAGCAGAAAGAAAAGGUGUCCCAUCUUCCCCCAACCUACUAUAUAUAAAUAAUACUAAAUCUAUACCCUUUUAAAAAGGGCGCAAAAUGCUCGUUUCAGAGAUAUACAGACAUUUUAAAUGCAGUUUCUUUUUAUGGGGCUAAAUUAAAGAACUAAUUUUAUCGUUUUGUACAGCAUGAAUCUUGUACAGAUUUCAGCAUUUUGUGUCUAAGUGAUAUUUUUUACUGUAACCGUUUUUAGCAUUAAUCCUUAAGUUCAACGUGACCGCAAUGGAAUAAAAGUUCUUUUUAAGUGUAAAA